AAGCGGACUGUGAUAGAGUUAGAAGACAGACAGGAACAGCAUUUUUCCUGAAAAGUAGACAUUAGUGUAGACUUGCAUGACGACUCCUCCUUAGGACUCAAGUAGAAUCGCUAGCCACUUGUAGAUGGUAAUAACAUAAAGUAAACGCACCGCGAUAGCUUUCAACAAGACUUUUAUUCCCUUUUUUUAUUUGAACCACGCAACACGUUUUUAAAUGCAACGCUGUUUGAUAUAUGAGAAAACUAUGGCAGCCGAGACGAGGAACGGCGGGAGUUCAAUGAGCAACAACUGCAAAGACCACAGCAGGAGGAAGCUACUGGUCGGAGUGGAUCUCUUCUGCUUGUUUUUAGCCGGCCUGCCUUUCUUGGUCAUUGAGACCAGUGCUGUUCAGCCUUACCGUAGAGGGUUUUACUGCGAUGAUGAGUCCAUCAUGUACCCGGCCAAAAAUGGAGACACCAUUAGCGACGGUGUGCUUAGCGCUGCUGGCAUUCUAAUCACCAUCCUCUCUAUCAUCAUUGGGGAGAGCUACAGGAUCUACUUUCUGAACGAGGGAUCCAAGUCUUUUGUAGGGAACCCCUACAUAUCUGCGCUAUACAAGCAGGUGGGCGUGUUCAUCUUCGGCUGCGCCAUCAGCCAGUCCUUCACUGACAUCGCCAAAGUGUCGGUGGGCCGCAUGCGCCCUCACUUCCUGGAUGUGUGCAAGCCAGACUUCUCCACCAUCAACUGCUCCCUGGGCUACAUCACUGACUACCAGUGUCAGGGGCCAGAGAGCAAAGUUCAGGAGGCCAGGAAGUCUUUCUUCUCUGGACAUGCAUCAUUCUCCAUGUACACCAUGCUGUACCUGGUGUUUUACCUGCAGUCUCGUUUCACUUGGCAUGGAGCUCGUCUGCUGCGCCCUCUGACCCAGUUCACCCUCGUCAUGAUGUCUUUCUACACGGGCCUGUCCCGUGUCUCUGAUCACAAGCACCACCCCACUGAUGUCUUGGCGGGUUUUGUGCAGGGAGCAAUAGUGGCCUACUGCAUAGUAUUCUUUGUGUCUGAUUUGUUCAAGCUCAAAGGUAGACGUUCUACCCUUUCGCCAACACCAGUGAAGAAAGAUCUUGUUCCUCCAGCAGACAUCAGAGAGCGCAGCAACCAUCUCAUCAUGGCAUAGAGAAGACUGCCGACUGACAUAACCCUGACCUGUGCCAUUUAAAACACUGCUACAGCCACUGGUCAUGACUGGAUAGAAUAAACUCCUAACAAUCUGGAUAAUAAAGACAAAUUAUAUGGAAUCUCAGUAGAAGAGAAGAGGCUACGGAAAACAGUCAAGCAAGUUUUGCUUUCUCAACGGAAAUGUUCAUCUUUUCCCUCAGUCUCGACAGACACUUUAAUGUGGAAAAGAGAGAGGACCAAGGAUAUUUGUGCCUCUCUGUUUUGAAGAUCAUUGGAGACUGUCCUCCGCCGAGACCUUUCCAUGGACAAAAGUCUGAAAUGAAACAAAAACUGAAAAACGGCAGCUGAAAACCAAGCUGUGUGUGUCUUUCGUGCCCUUUCCCAUCGACUGCAUCCAGCAUGGGAGCUACACUUCUAUUCCUGCCACUCACUCAACGUGUGACUAUAACAAACAAAUCAUGACAAAAAUAACGAAUUCCUUGAUUUCAUGAAGGAUGAUGUUUUUGUUUGGUUUUAUUACAAACAUAAGCAUUUUACGUGUGAUUUAUAGCACCAUUUUAGCUCAACUCCAUACUGUUUGUCACCACUUGAAUGACCUGAAGUGAAGCUUUUGGAAAGCUUUGUAAACAUUUUUUGUAAUGUCUAUAAUGUAGUGUAGUUCCUGAGAACGUGCACAUAAGUUACAGUAGGUGUAGAGUACAGUGAGAGAGUAUGUGUUGGAUAUGGGCCUCUUUCUGCUGGCUAGGAACGAGCCCCCACUGAGCCAUUUAAUGAAAUGACUGUCUGUUAUAUGUACCAGACGGGUGCUCACAAGUGUUAGGUCAGAGAGUGUGUGUGAGCGUGUGUGUCGUUUGCGUAUGCCAGUGUGUGUGUGUGUGUGUGUGUGUUAGGUGAGGUCUUCCUGUGAGUGUGCCAGUGUGUCUUAAUGUCAUGUCUAUAUUUUUCAGUGUUUAUAGCCUACAAAUGUGCCUCCCUUCAGUCAGAGAACAGGCACCUGCUCCAACUGACACAUGUAAUGAGACGGAAACACUGUGGAAAAAAGCAUCACAUGCAUUACAUGUACUUUACUGUUCCUACUAAUCAUAGUGAUGAUUCACAUCAGAGAGUCUUUUGAUAUACAGUAUGCUACACAGGCAUAUAUACACUUAAAGUAAAGGACUUCCUCAAGCAGUAUCAAAGCACUAUUAAGCAAAACAGUUAUUAAAAAAAAAAUCAUUAUUUUGGGACAUUGUAACUUCAAAAUAGCUCAUCUUGUAAAGUAACACAGUGGUGCUGGCAAUAAGGCUCUGCAUUAAAAUAGACAAAAAUCAUUACAUUGAUUUUUUUAAAGCAAUAAUGAGGCUAAUGUGUGUGAGUGAUAUUAAUGUAAUUAACUUUUUAGCAAAUAAACCAACUUUAAAACCACUGACUGAAAGCGUCAUCUGAACUCAGUUUUAAAGAACUGAGUCAAGCUUUGAUGUGACGCUUAUAGCGAGACAAUUUUUAUAGCAUCAGAAGAUUGUGUGUGCUACCAUACAUUGUACAAUAGUGUAUCAUGUGUAUACAUCCAAUAUAUCUUUUGAAGAAACGCCCACUAUGACUUGUGUGUCCAGACCUGUGUAAAUGUAACACAUGCUGCUUUAAAGAGGCAAAGCUUGGCAGAUGUCAUCCAGUAAGGUUGACAACUUGUGAAUAUUUUUUAUGAUAUAUAUGUUUUAUGAACAACAAAGCUCUCAAGGCAGACAGCUUCAGUGCAUUUAUAAAAAAAAAUGUGCCUUUCAAUAUUUUUGUAAUGUCGUGAAAUUUUGUACAAUGAAACUGUAAGACGUAUCAAAGAUAAAAUGUCUUUAAUAAAACAAAAAA